AUGAGUGGCAGCUGCCCCGCCCCCCGAUUCCAGUUCCAGGGCAUCUGGUGCACGGCUGGGGCGGUGUCAGAUGACCAGGGCUUCCUGGACUCCAAGGACAGCAUGAAGAUGCCCGUGGUCUUGGUGACCCCCUUGGCCAACGGCGACCUGGGCCUCAAGUUUGGCAUCGAUGUGACGGCGGGGACAGGUGGGCCCUGGGACAGGCUGGACACCAUCGCCCACACGCGGCCGUCGGCAACACCUAAGUGGCAGCCGUUUGUGUCAUGGUCGGGCAGCGUCCUCAGGGGCUGGGGGCUGACCCGGACCCUCCCCGCUCAGGGGGCCCAGUGGGGCCGCAGCAGCCUGGCCGGGGCUGCUGUGCAGGCUGCUGGGGUCCUCCUUCCCAGGCCCGAUGGCGGGUGCCAGAAGACGGACGCGACCCUCACCAAGGAUGCCGUGGACGGGCGGCUCAGCAGCGCGGCCAUGGCCCAGACCAACAUCCGGGUGGCUUUCACCGACUACAAGCACUGCACCGUGUUGUACUCCUAGACGCAGAAGGGGGACGUUAGGAACGUCUGGCUGCGGCUCUACACCCAGGCCCCAGAGCCAUUUCCUGAAGAUGCCCAGAAGAUGCAGCAGCUGGCACCCCAAGUGGGCUUGAACCCCAGCCAGGGCGCCCUGCUGCCCAAGUCAGACAGUUUUCCUGAGAAACACAGCCCUGUCCUACCAGACGGCGAGGUCACUGGGAUAAAGAGCCCCGCAUCCCAGGGACCGCAGACAGCCCCUCCACACCUGCACCCAACACCUGGAGGCCCCGCCGCCGCCCCUGCCGCCUGGCCGACCUGCCGGCCUCUGGCCCUCUGCAGACACUACAAGGGCAGGGUCUCCCCCCUCCCCCCAGCCUGACACCAGUCCCACUAUGUGGGAGCAGUUGGGAAGGCCCAGAGAUCCAGCACCUCCCACCCAAGAUGCCACCUGCCAACCAGCAGAGGCGCCCGCAGAGACACUGGUGAUGAACUCGCAGUCAACUUGCUUUUCUUUUCUGCCCCUGGCAGCGCCGUGUGGCUGUGGGAUCUCUCUUCCCCAACCAGGGAUCAAAGCCGGGGCCCCCGGCAGAGCAAGUGCCGAGUCCUAAGCACGGGACCGCCAGGGAAUUCCCAGUUGAUCUAUUGAUCAACUGAUCUAUCGGUUGUCAUUCAGCUUCCACGUGGAACAAGAGAAGACGUGGUGGAAAUUGCCCAGGAGCAGGGAUUUAAGGCGGGGCGGGGUGGGGGGAAGAGUCUCCAGCAGGCUCUCGGUCCCUUCCUUCCCCACUAACUCAUCCCUCCCAUGUCCCCUGGGAAGGAUCUGGAGUGAGGAGAUGCAGUUUUCCCUUCACGGCCCAUUGGGGGGCAGCCCCCCAGGGCCCCUCUGGACCCAGGAAGGGGGUCACGCCCCUGGCAGCUGCGGAUCAGCCCAGUCCUGCAUUCCCAGCUGCGGCCACACGGGGGCAGACUUCAGCCAGUUCUCCACCCGGAAGCCCAGGGCUGCGUGUGUAAGAUCUGUCGGCUGGCACCCUCCUCUGCUUGCAACUACUCCAGUGGGUCCCAUCUCACUGAGAGUAAAGGCCAAAGUCCUUAGGUGGCCAACAAAGGCCCCCCGAUCGGCCUUCUUCUGACCCCACCACUAUGACUGCAAAGAGCCGGGUCACUGGAAAAAAGAUUGUCGGUGCUUCGGGUGCCUUCAGUCCUCGGACCAGCCUUUCCAACGCCCUCCUGACCUCCAGAGACGGGGUCCAAGGAACCACGGGGGCUCUUCCCAAACCUCCCUCUUUUUUUUUUUUUUUCUUAAACUGUGUCUUUUCUUUCUUUCCAACCCUCCCUCUCAGUCAGCUGAGGUUGGUUACUGAUUAUUUACAUGGACGAGAGGAAGAGACAAGUUUUGUUUGAGCUAAACUGAGGACUGCAGAGCAGAGACCCAGAUUCAAGAAGCACUUGACUUGCGUUCCCCAGGCUACACAAUGGGGGAGGCCUAUACAAGCAAAAACUGCCAAGUUACGUAAAUUGUCAAGAAUUAGAACAGGAGCUGGCAAUAAGGAAGGUGCUUAUAGAGCAAGAAUUGGUUGGGCUCCAAAAUGCAUAGUUACCAGGAGAGAUCUUGAGAUUUUAAGGUUGCUGGUGGCAGCAACUAGCAGAUGCUAUUUUGAGAACAGUUGGUCAUGACCUUGAGUCUGAUACAGCUCAGAAAAUUCAAGUCCCCAGUGAUGCAGGAACUGUCUGAAACCACAUCCGCGAUGGCCACCCGGCUCCAAUUCGGAUGCCUGAACCACAGUUUAAUAUCUUGUCAGAACAACAAACAUCAAACGUGACAAGGGUACAUUUCUUCAAGUUUUCAAAACAGAUUAGCAGGUACACAGCAAGUCAGCAUGACCUUGGCGUCUGGGAAGGGAAUCUCAUCUUCAAAGGAAUACUGGCAUUGGUGUUGCUGGGGAGGGGGCAGCACGCAGCAUUUAUCCCUGUAUUCAAAGUGGACAUUCUAAACAAUCAGGUAAUGCAUUUUUCUCCUCCUCCUCCUUAUUUUUUAAUGGUUAAAGCAGAUAUACAGUUUACGUUUGACGGGCCAUAAGACAGACUGUUCUAAUUAGCAUAAAGUUCAAGCCAAAGUAUGUCUAAUCCAGAAUAACUUCCCCAUACCUUAAUAUGUGCAAAUUUCUUUCAUCAGCUGUGUCUUCCCGAAGUGCUUGUUUAAUUCUUUCUGUGUUGAGUGUGCUCUUGCUCUUUUCGCUGUUCUAAGACACAAACUUUAGAUGGGAAAUUCCUGAGAGAUCUCCCUCCUACCCCUCCUUGUUACGUGAAUGUGAUCGCAGUAGGCUUCUCAUAUGUGCACUCUCCCUUCCACAUGGGACAGGACACCCAGGACAGGUCCUCUCUGGCAUCAAGGGACGAAAGUUGCUGAAUCUGUAAAAAACCUGACCGUUGACCAGCAAUGCUUUUAGAGAAAGCAUGUAAAGAUGAAUAAACAGAAACCUUAUUUAAAAUAGUCAGGAGGCCACAAGGGGGAGACCUCACCCCAUACUGUGCAGCCUCAAUUGCAGACCAACAGGAAGGUUACUAGUUACUACCCAGCAGGAGGAAGAUUUUUCUUCCCACCCAGCAACGGCCCAGCCAGUGAGAGACCAGCACAGUUCAGCCAAUGAAAAGCCACCACACUUCCAACUCCCAGUUUCCUCCAAUGGACUCUUCUGUUUAGAACACCCCACCCCAUUCCCCCUUCUCCUCUAUAAAAGAGUUUCCUGUCUUUUGUUCUUCAGAUUUGCCUGUGGUUUCCCCUAGAUUGUAUGCACUCAAUUGUGAUUCUUUGCUCUUCCCAAAUAAACCCACGCUGCUGGCAAAAUAA